AACACAAGGCGAAGGCGUGAGAAAGCUUGAGCUGCGCUACUCUCCUCCUCCCCCUUUUUUUUCGUAAUUAUAUUCACCGAAGAUGUCGAGCACCCAGCAAACCUUCCGCGGCGGGAAAGCCCACGGAGAAGGCCAGGCCAAGGCGGAUCAGAUGAUCCAGUCCGCCAAGGACACCGCCCAUUCCAUCACCGGCGGGUCAUCGGACACCCGCCAGUGCGCCCAAGAGAAUAAGGAGCAGGCGGCCGGCUUCCUCCAGCAGACCGGAGAGCAAGUGAAGCAGAUGGCGCAAGGAGCGAUGGAUGCAGUGAAGAAUGCCACAGGAAUGGGAAAUGCCAGCAGUGGCACCACCACCACCCCAACCAGCAAGCACUAGAUAUUUUUCAAUGUUCACUAUUUCCGGUUGUUAUGUGAGCAAUUGUUUUGAAUGUCUUGCGUCAAUAAGCUUGGAGGGUUCUGAGUGUUCCAAGUCCUGUUUUUUUGUUGUGUUUCUUCUGCAUCAUCACUUGGAUUUCAAAUUUUUGCUAUGGAUUCAACUUUCCAUGUAGUGAAUUCUCCCCAGCUAAUACAAUGCAGUAUUUAUCUA